CGAUCGCGCUAAACUGAACCUAACGUCACUCACCUACAAUGUACAUAAGUUUCAUUGAUGUAACCUGGCUGGAGGCGACUUAACCCACCUUUUCGAGUCCCUUAACCCUUGUAGUUCUAAACUCUUUUACCACCAAAUCCAAACUGCAAGAUACUUGCUUACGACUGCAGUCUGCCCUGUCUGUUGUCUGUCUGUCUGUCUGUCUGUCUGCCACUUACAAAGACCACAACCACCACUCAUAUCCAGUGCCAUAUCCAAUCCCAAAGUACAUCUCCUUAAUCUAAAUCUUCUAGGUUAGACCCAUCUGCGAGUGAGCUGGUUCAUCCCAACUGGGGUAAACUGAGCCAGUCAAGCCGCCUUUAGGCUUUCGGCAUCACUCCUGUAUGAGUAUCUAUCUACUACAUUGUUUAGCUACCUACCUGUCUACGAACAACCUAUCAACCUUGUAGUAUUCAACACGUAGGAAUCGCCCCAGGUCGCAUUACUUCUGGACCAUCGUCAUCAUGUCUACUGCCCCUCCACCUACCGCCAGCAUCGAUGAAGAUGUUCCUCAGAAUGAAGGGUCUAAACUGAAGACCUUCAUCUCCAUCCUGCGAAAGUUCAUAGGUGUAGCUGAUCUUGCUGCCGUCCGAUUUUCCCUCCCUUCCCAGCUCCUCGAACCGACACCUAAUCUUGAGUACUGGAACUACCUCGACAACCCCAGCGCGUUUGCCGCUAUAGGAACGUCCGACGAACCGCUCGAUCGUAUGCUCGAGGUCCUACGUUUUUGGUUUACAAAGGAUCUGAAGUACGUUAAGGGGAAGCCAUGCAAGCCGUAUAAUUCUUGCCUGGGUGAAUUCUUUCGUUGUAACUGGGAAGCGGAAGAUAACGCGCCACGGAUCGAUACGAAGAGUUUGGCGACUUCUAGCAAUGGAAAUGCUAGCAGCGCAUCUUCGGUCAAGUCAAUCAAGGGUGCAGCCGAUCCACGAUCAGCCUCUACAGUCUCAGUUGUCCAGACACUACCGAAUCCCACUGGGCCUACCGUUCGAAUAUCCUAUUUGACCGAACAGACAUCUCAUCAUCCUCCCGUCAGCGCUUUCUACGUCAGCUGCCCCGAGAAGGGCUUGCAUGCUAGAGGUUUUGAUCAGAUCAGUGCGAAGUUCACCGGCACCGCUAUUAAAGUCUCGCCAGGUACUCAUAAUCUAGGAAUCUUCAUUACCCUUGAGAAAAGGGAUUGCGAAACAUACCAGCUAAAGCACCCUGCCGCACAUCUUGGUGGAAUUCUACGCGGUAGCUUGAGUGUUAGUGUUGGCGACAUCGCCUAUGUUACUUGCCCCCAGACAAAAUUAAAAGCGAUUCUUCACUAUAUCGAGGAUGGCUGGCUCGGACGGGCGCAGAAUAAGGUUGAAGGUGUCAUUUUUAAAUAUGACCCAGAGAAAGACGACAAGUUGCGUAUCAGGGAUGUGCCUGACUCCGACGUAGUAGCAAGGCUUGGUGGUGUAUGGAAAGAUAAAGUUGUCUUCACCCUAGGCCCAAAACCAGUGGACUCUCACCCGCCGGAUAAGCAAAUCACUAUAAUCGACCUCAACCCCCUUGCUGUAGCGCCCAAGACACUACCACCCAAGGAGAAGCAGGCGGAAAAUGAGUCAUUGACACUAUGGGAUGGCGUAACCCAAGCUAUAAUGUCUAAACAGUACUCGAAGGCUACCAACGUCAAGGUCGAUCUCGAGGAAAAGCAGCGAGAGAAGGCUAGGGAACGGGAACGCAAGAACGAACCCUUUAAACCGGUCUUUUUCGAUCAAGCUACCGAUAAACGAGGCACGCCAGAACUCACAGAAGCCGGCCGCCAAGUACUCGAGAGAGCGCAGAAGGGGGUUUGGGACCUAGAGGGGAUUAUCUAGAACAUAAACGGGCGAGAAGUUUAAACGUGAUCUUCUAAGGGUUAGACCAGAACAUACCGACCGGAAACUUUCAUCACCCUCCCAUUAUCCCAUACGAUCACUCGUUUGCGGUUCAGCAUUUUGGUUUUUGGAUGGCUUCGCUCGCAUAUAUAUUCGCAUACAUGUACCGAUCACAAGGGUAAGGCAUAGCAGCUUUGGUCAAAGCCGUUCGUGGAGUUCAGCGCAUUCGCUCGAAUGUCGCUUGCUUAAUUCAUACCUAGGUAGACACACAGAUUUGACUUUGGGGGCGUUUUAGGGGCAUGUAGAAGAAGAAGAAGAUGCAGAUGCAGAAGAUGAUGAUAGAUAGGUCUCUUCUAGCAUUUGCUUAUCGAGUUGUCCAGCCUAUUGUUCAGCUAUGGUCGUUUUCACUAUGGGAUUUUUUUUAAUUGUUUUAGUUUGCUGCCAUACAAAUCUAAAUCAAUGCAGUCCGUUCUAUGUUUUGGAUGCAUAUAAUAUGUACUGAGGUACGUUAGGUAUGGAGUUGUCGUAUGCAGGAGUUUCAAUAUAUUUGUGCUCAUGUUCUCGUCAACAUUGCCAUUCCAUCCCCUCUUUC